AUGGCUUUUGCCGCUUAUCAACCAGACGAGGAGAACGCUCCACCCCCGUCAGCAGCGAUGAACAAGGUCAAUGGCCGCGCGCUCGAAAGCGGCGUCACAAUCUCACCUGAGGCCGACAAGGAGUUGGAGGGAGACGACACCACCGACUCCGAUCCCGAAGACCCUGUCGUUGACGAUGAUUCUGAUGCUUUCGACUUGGACGACACUACCGACUAUGAUUCCGAAGACCCCGUUGACGAUGAGAAUGAAAUCGUCACGCAAAGAGACCCGGAGUCACGAUUCAUCCUCAAGGCAUAUGGGUGCUACUGUGCCUAUGCGGGUGGGCGAAAGCUGCAAGUGGCCAAAGCAUUGCCGGACACCACGUCGCUCUUCGACACCGUCACCAACCUAGGGCUCCAAUGGGCGCCAGGUUUCCUGGACAUGCUCGACGCCCCGCAUGCACCGACUUCAGAUGCUUUAGCAUCUCUACCAGAUUUCUCCCGCGACCAAGGCCUCAUAUGGUCUAUCUAUAUGCUGUUAUUGGAGAAGAAGGAUGCACCGACAAUGGUGUAUAUCGGGAGUGGGACGCACAGAGGAACGGGCACUCUUCACAGACUCCAGCAAUACGAUGACGGGGAAGCCUUGUCAAGGCACACGGGCGAAGCCAUCGACAAUGGCUAUCGCAUCACGCGCAAGAGGAUUUUAGUCAAAGCACCACGCCCAACCAAAGCCUCUCUCCAGCUACCUAGCCGUGCCCUGUUUUUGAUUCUGGAGACUACGAUUACGUAUGCAUUAUGUGCAUAUAAAGACCGUAGCCAGACGAACGCUAUCCUUACGAAUACCUCGUGGGUCCCCUUGUAUGAAGGUUUAUGCUCACGCGAAGCAUGGACAGAGGGGUUAAGAAUGGCCACAUGCUUUGACCCAACCAUGUCCAAAGAUCAACUUGAUGCCGCCCAGCGUCAAUUGGAGAAAGACCAGAGGGAAUCGAAAACACAGCGGAGCAAGAUGAAAAGGGACAACUGGACGCCGGAACAGAGAGCCGCAGAUAAUGCAGCAGUACGGGCCAAGAAUGCCUGGAUCAAAGCAAACGACCCGGAGAGAUACGCGCAGGAACGGGCUAAGGGCAAGUUACGGCCAUCGGCGGACAAGAAGAGGCGGAAAGAGCUAGAAAGGGCGAGAAACGAGAGGAAAGGUCCCGAGAGGGUGGCCGAGGAGAGAACCAACAAGAACGCGAAAAAUAGGGCUCGGAGAGUCAUCAAAAAGCAGGAGCUCGAGGCAGAUCCCGAGAAGGAGGCCGAGGAGAAAGCUAAGGCGGCCGCGCAACAUAAGGCUUGGUACGUCAACAGAAAGAAGGAGCUUGAGCAAGAUCCCGAUAAGCUGGCUGAAUUCAGAGCCAAGAAGGCCGCGCAAGAGAGGGUUUACAUAGCCAACAAUCCCGACAAGAUGGCUGAAAAAAGAGCCAGGAAGAAGCAGAAGCUUGAGGCAGAUCCCGAAAAGCAGGCCGAGGAGAAAGCCAAGCAGGCCGCGUACGAUAAGGCUUCCUACGUUAAGAGAAAGCAGGAGCGUGAGGAAGAUCCCGAGAAGCAGGUUGAAUACAAAGCCAAGAGGGCUGAAAAAAGAACCAGGAAGAAGCAGAAGCUUGAGGCAGAUCCCGAGAAGCAGGCCGAGGAGAAAGCCAAGCAGGCCGCGUACAGUAAGGCUUCCUACGUCAAGAGAAAGCAGAAGCGUGAGGAAGAUCCCGAGGAGGAGGACGCCGAGGACAAAGCCAAGAAGGCCGCGUACCAAAAGGCCUACAGAACCAAACAAAAGCAAGAGCGUGAGGCAGAUCCCGACAAGCUGGCUGAAUACAGAGCUAAGCAGGCCGCGGACAGUAAGGCUUACAGAGCCAAACUCAAGCAGGAGUUUGAGGCAGAUCCCGAGAAGGAGGCUGAGUACAAAGCCAAGAAGGCCGCGAUUGAUAAGGCUUACAAAGACAAACUCAAGCAGAAGAAGGAUGCAUGAAGAUAGGAUGAUGGAUGGAAUCAGUGUUAACGCAAGACUUGAUGAG